AUGGAGUGGGUCUUUAAUCUAGCAGUGCUGGGAGGAGGAACUGUGGCCAUCUUCUUAGCACUGCGGCUUUGGGUGGUGCUUCAUCGUCGAGUCGUUGUGCCCCGUGAGUCUCUCAGUCUCUUGGUAGUGGCUGGGUCUGGUGGGCAUACCACUGAAAUCCUGAGACUUCUUGGGAACUUGUCUAAUGCUUACUCUCCAAGACACUAUGUGUUUGCUGACACUGAUGAAAUGAGUGCUCAUAAAAUAAGAUCAUUUGAACUGGAUCGAGCUGAAAAAUAUGCCAGUUCUCUAUACACACAAUAUACCACUGACCGCAUUCCAAGAAGCCGUGAGGUGCAGCAGUCUUGGCUGUCCACAGUACUCACCACCGUAUACUCCAUGCUGUACUCCUUGCCCCUGACCUUCAGAUUGAAACCAGAUUUGGUGUUAUGUAACGGGCCAGGAACAUGUGUUCCUAUCUGCGUAUCUGCCCUUCUCCUUGGGAUACUCGGAGUAAAGAAAGUGAUCAUUGUCUACGUCGAAAGUGUUUGCCGAGUGGAAACUCUAUCCCUGUCCGGAAAGAUUCUAUAUUACCUCUCAGAUUACUUCCUUGUUCAGUGGCCGGCUCUUAAAGAGAAGUAUCCCAAAUCUGUAUACCUUGGGCGAAUUGUUUGA